GAAAUUUACCAUUCCUAGAAACCGUCGGAGUUCAACAAUUGUAUUCGGUUUUGGAUAUUGACAGAUUGCUUCUACUCUUUCUUUCGGUGGCUGUGUACCUUCCGCUGAGAUGUGGUAUCCUAGGAAGUUUAGUUCGCUAAAGCAAAACUCACACUUGGAUAGGUUGACACACAGUUUUGCCUCUUUAAGCUUCUGCAGCACCAACUGAACAUGCUUGUGAUGUUCUUUUUCAUUUUCUGAAAAUAUGAGAAUGUCAUCUAGGUAAAGUCGAUAUUUCAGAAUGUGAUGUCUGUGUAUCUUUGGAACGUUUGAGUGGCAUUUUUUAGCCCAAAUGGCAUAACGACAAACUCAAAAAGUCCAAUUGGCGUUCGAACUGCUGUUUUCGCUAUGUCUUGUUCGCACAUGCGUAUAUUGUAAUAAGCUCUUUUUAUAUCUACUAUGCUAUCGAGGUGCGAUAGUCACCGCAGGCUCGCCAUCCAACAGUUUUCUUUUUCACUAAGUGAACUGGGUUUGCCCAAGGACUACUUGAUGUACGAAUUAUACCUAGUUGCAACAGUUCAGACAUUUAGUUUUUCUCCGGAGUAACGGCGAAGUGGCUCUGCAAUAGGUCGGCAAUCUGUUACAAUUUGGUGAUUGACGUCCAUUGAUGUUGGCAAGGUGUAAAUAUUAGGCGUUGCCAACUCAACAUGCUGCUUAAUGAGGUCUUGAAAUUUAGAUGAGGGGAUUAUUGUUGAUAUGCUGUGCAUUUCAGCCUGCCGAACUGUGAAUGUGAUUUGACGUUCGCUAUUACAAAGUUCCAUGUGAAACUCCUCCGUAAGCCCAAACUUAGUGACAGAUUUCUGGUACCAAAAGUUUGAAUGGUUGAGCCAUUUGCUGCAAAAAGCUGAAGGCUAUCAGGAGUAAGUGUUGAGUGUUUAUGAAUGAUGUUCAGUGGUACAAUUGAGAUGACAGACCCGGAGUCAAUUAAAAAGUUAAGAUUGUUUUUGCUAUCAAAAAUGUGCAGUCUUUGUCCUUUGAUGCUGAUGUCUUGUUCUACGCUGCCAUCAGUUGCAUCGAUAGACGGCAGCGGGAUUAGUUUCCCUGCGUGCCGUCCGUAGGUUUGUUGAAUUCGCAUGGAGCUUUACAUUUCCUCGAUGCUGCACCAAAUCGAAUAUGGUAGUAACAUACUUUUGUAUUUCCACGUAGUCGACUUCUGCUUCGUUCGCCAACGCUUUCGGCGCUUGAACCACGGAGUUGGUUCAUUGUUGCAGCCAUGUUGACUGAUAUUUCGCUUAGUUUUUGAAUAAUUUGGUUGAAAGAGGUCUCCAACGCCAAUAGUCGUGCUUCCAAGGUGUUUUGCUUGGAUAUGUUUAGAGCUGUGCAAUUGGCUUCAUUGUCUUGCGGAAUGGUUGUAUAUGCAACUAUGUAUGAGGGUGAAUUAUCUACAAUUCGAUCGGCUACCUCGGCGAGAUUUUCCAAGUCUGUAGACUUGCACGCCGACAAUAUGCAACGAACGUUGUUGGGCAUUCGCUGCAACCACAAUGUUGACAGAGCUUAAUUAGAGACGUUAUUGCCGGCCAGAUCACACAUUUCCCUCAACAAUUGACUGGGUUUCUUAUUGAACAGUUCUAUUCCUGUUAGAAGUUUCAUCAGCUGCUUCUCCUUGGACUCACUGAAACGAGCAAUUAGUUCUUUUUUCAAUUUGUCAUGAAUAUUUUCCAGAUGAAGAUGACUUCGGUGAAGCAUCAGAUAUAGAACAGGAAAUCGAGUUAGAGGCUGUUCUGGCUGAAAACCACGAUGAUAUUGAGGAUUUGUAUAGAGAAGCUAUCGCUCUUGAGGCUUCAACUACAAUGGAAUCAUGCAGCACAUCUAUUACCCAGGGCCUUAUAUACAGGUCGAAAGAUGGUAGAAUGUGGAAUUCAAAUCCUCCACCACCUGGAAGGCCUCGUUGUCACAAUGUUACAACUUUUACUCGUAAAGGGCCACUACGAGGAGCGUCACCGAGUCAUAAAGCUCUUUUCAAGCUAUUGCUGUCUCCUGAAAUCGUAAGUAUCAUUGUGCGGGAAACCAACAGAAAAGCCGUUGAAGCGUUUCGUCUAUGGAAUGAAAAGCAUCCCAGUAAUAAACAGCGUUCUUGGCCAGCGAAAGAAUUGUGGGCCAGCUACAAUAUGCCAAUUUAUAAGGCAACUAUGUCAUUGAAUCGGUUUAAGAGCUUAACUACUUUCAUCCGUUUCGGUAACAGUGGUACUCGUGCUGAGAGGUUGAAGCAAAGCAAAACUGCUGCCCUGGACGAUGUAUAGCUCAUGCUGAUGGCCAAUUUAGAGAAAGCAUACACUCCGGAUUGUCAUGUAACCGUCGAUGAACAGUUAUUUCCAUAUCGUGGGCGCACUCGAUUCACCUAAUAUAUUCCGAGUAAGCCGGCAAAAUAUGGCAUGAAAGUGUGGUGGAUUUGUGACUCUGUUUCAAACUACUGGAAAACCACCAGGUGGCCAGCGAGAAACGAAUCAAGGUGAACGGGUCGUCAUGAAAUUGAUGCAAAAUUAUAUGGACAGCGGUAGGACUGUUUAUGCUGACAAUUUUUUUUCAACAUACAACUUGGCAGAAAUGUUGAUGAAUCGUAGAGUGGCUUUUGUCGGUACCGUAAGAAAAAUAAGACCUUCAUUCCGCAUGAAUUGCUUAACCCGAAGCGUGAUGUUAAAAGCACUUUAUUUUGUUAUCACAAUAAUAAUAUCGGUCUGUGCUCGUAUAUGG